AUGGAGAAAGAUUAUGAGGCGUUAAUGAAGACGGAAGAAAGAACCCCAAGAGAACUGAGCAGUUUUGACCCGCGUUUUAUUAUGGCAAAGACGCAAGACAGAGAAAAAACCAUGCAAAAAGUUAGAAUCUUGGAGGAUGAGAUUCAGGAACUCUCCACUUCCUCCAAUUCUGAAACUAUGAAAGUUAGAUUUCACUCUCCUCCAUCAUUCAUGGGGAGGUCUGGGAAGAGAAAGAGAACAAGACUGGAGAAAGCUCAAAGAAUUGAGUUCGAUAAAAAAAAUGGAGAAAGAUUAUCAGGUGUUAAUGAAGACGGAAGAAAGAACCACAAGAGAACUGAGGCAAACGUUAGCAGUUUUGACCCGCGUUUUAUUAUGGCAAAGACGCAAGACAGAGAAAAAACCAUGCAAAAAGUUAGAAUCUUGGAGGAUGAGAUUCAGGAACUCUCCACUUCCUCCAAUUCUGAAACUAUGAAAGUUAGCAGUUUUGACCCGCGUUUUAUUAUGGCAAAGACGCAAGACAGAGAAAAAACCAUGCAAAAAGUUAGAAUCUUGGAGGAUGAGAUUCAGGAACUCUCCACUUCCUCCAAUUCUGAAACUAUGAAAGUUAGAUUUCACUCUCCUCCAUCAUUCAUGGGGAGGUCUGGGAAGAGAAAGAGAACAAGACUGGAGAAAGCUCAAAGAAUUGAGUUCGAUAAAAAAAAUGGAGAAAGAUUAUCAGGUGUUAAUGAAGACGGAAGAAAGAACCACAAGAGAACUGAGGCAAACAUUAGCAGUUUUGACCCGCGUUUUAUUAUGGCAAAGACGCAAGACAGAGAAAAAACCAUGCAAAAAGUUAGAAUCUUGGAGGAUGAGAUUCAGGAACUCUCCACUUCCUCCAAUUCUGAAACUAUGAAAGUUAGCAGUUUUGACCCGCGUUUUAUUAUGGAAAAGACGCAAGACAUAGAAAAAACCACGCAAAAAGUUAGAAUCUUGGAGGAUGAGAUUCAGGAACUCUCCACUUCCCCCAAUUCUGAAACUAUGAAAGUUAGAUAUCACUCUCCUCCAUCAUUCAUGGGGAGGUCUGGGAAGAGAAAGAGAACAAGAUUGGAGAAAGCUCAAAGAAUUGAGUUUGAUAAAAAAAUGGAGAAAGAUUAUGAGGCGUUAAUGAAGACGGAAGAAAGAACCCCAAGAGAACUGAGUUUUGACCCGCGUUUUAUUAUGGCAAAGACGCAAGACAGAGAAAAAACCAUGCAAAAAGUUAGAAUCUUGGAGGAUGAGAUUCAGGAACUCUCCACUUCCUCCAAUUCUGAAACUAUGAAAGUUAGAUUUCACUCUCCUCCAUCAUUCAUGGGGAGGUCUGGGAAGAGAAAGAGAACAAGACUGGAGAAAGCUCAAAGAAUUGAGUUCGAUAAAAAAAAUGGAGAAAGAUUAUCAGGUGUUAAUGAAGACGGAAGAAAGAACCACAAGAGAACUGAGGCAAACAUUAGCAGUUUUGACCCGCGUUUUAUUAUGGAAAAGACGCAAGACAUAGAAAAAACCACGCAAAAAGUUAGAAUCUUGGAGGAUGAGAUUCAGGAACUCUCCACUUCCCCCAAUUCUGAAACUAUGAAAGUUAGAUAUCACUCUCCUCCAUCAUUCAUGGGGAGGUCUGGGAAGAGAAAGAGAACAAGAUUGGAGAAAGCUCAAAGAAUUGAGUUUGAUAAAAAAAUGGAGAAAGAUUAUGAGGCGUUAAUGAAGACGGAAGAAAGAACCCCAAGAGAACUGAGUUUUGACCCGCGUUUUAUUAUGGCAAAGACGCAAGACAGAGAAAAAACCAUGCAAAAAGUUAGAAUCUUGGAGGAUGAGAUUCAGGAACUCUCCACUUCCUCCAAUUCUGAAACUAUGAAAGUUAGAUUUCACUCUCCUCCAUCAUUCAUGGGGAGGUCUGGGAAGAGAAAGAGAACAAGACUGGAGAAAGCUCAAAGAAUUGAGUUCGAUAAAAAAAAUGGAGAAAGAUUAUCAGGUGUUAAUGAAGACGGAAGAAAGAACCACAAGAGAACUGAGGCAAACAUUAGCAGUUUUGACCCGCGUUUUAUUAUGGAAAAGACGCAAGACAUAGAAAAAACCAUGCAAAAAGUUAGAAUCUUGGAGGAUGAGAUUCAGGAACUCUCCACUUCCCCCAAUUCUGAAACUAUGAAAGUUAGUUUUGACCCGCGUUUUAUUAUGGCAAAGACGCAAGACAGAGAAAAAACCAUGCAAAAAGUUAGAAUCUUGGAGGAUGAGAUUCAGGAACUCUCCACUUCCUCCAAUUCUGAAACUAUGAAAGUUAGUUUUGACCCGCGUUUUAUUAUGGAAAAGACGCAAGACAUAGAAAAAACCAUGCAAAAAGUUAGAAUCUUGGAGGAUGAGAUUCAGGAACUCUCCACUUCCCCCAAUUCUGAAACUAUGAAAGUUAGCAGUUUUGACCCGCGUUUUAUUAUGGCAAAGACGCAAGACAGAGAAAAAACCAUGCAAAAAGUUCAGGAAUCCACUUCCUCCAAUUCUGAAACUAUGAAAGUUAGAUAUCACUCUCCUCCAUCAUUCAUGGGGAGGUCUGGGAAGAAAAAGAGAACAAGACUGGAGGAAGCUCAAAGAAUUGAGUUUGAUAAAAAAAUGGAGAAAGAUUAUGAGGCGUUAAUGAAGACGGAAGAAAGAACCACAAGAGAACUGAGCAGUUUUGACCCGCGUUUUAUUAUGGAAAAGACGCAAGACAGAGAAAAAACCAUGCAAAAAGUUAGAAUCUUGGAGGAUGAGAUUCAGGAACUCUCCACUUCCCCCAAUUAA